CUCCUUUUUAAUUUCUUUUUUUCUUCUUUAAAGUGCAACUUCGAUCACACAAUUUCCAAGUCUUUCUUCACAAUACAUGCUGGGGAAAUUCCAUAACCUAAUAAUCUUUCCACCUGUGACUGAUCCACAAGCCGUGAUUGGUCCCACCAUCUAAAUUAGCGUCAGCUUAUACGAGCCGCAAGCCCCAAAGGCGUCCAGGGUUACCGGGGUUGCCCCCAUUUGUUAAAAGCCGCAGCGGUAUUGGCAGCCAUGGCUUCAGGUCCGCACAAUGUCUUCAAGCAGCCUCUCAAGCUGUUCUCCCAACAGCCCGUGACCGGAUUCUUCCGCGACGGUUACUGUCGCACAGGAGGAGGCAUCGACCCGGGCAAUCAUGCCGUCGCCGGUAUCGUAACCGACGAGUUCCUCGAUUUUUCGGCCUCGCGCGGCAACGACCUACGAACCGUGGGCCUAAAGGGCGGCUGCCGUUGGUGCCUAUGCACGGCCCGCUGGCUCGAGGCCUACCAGGCCUACCGUAGCGGCCGGGUCACUAACUUAGGCGUCCCGCGCGUCGACCUCGACGCCACUGAGGAUAGCGCGCUAAAGAUGGUUGACAUGGAAACUUUUCGACAGUUUGCUGUUCGGCUCGAUCAACCGACGAAUCCGAGCGGUAGUGGGAACGGGAAUGCGAACUAGUGUCGCGUAACCUAGAGCGAACAAUUCCUCUGCGUCAUACUUAUGAUGUGUGUAUGUAUUUAUCUUACUAUUUCACACACUAAGAAGGACAAUUAAUAUAGUCCCGGUCUGUUGCUCG